CUUUUUUUUACCUAGAUCGAACGAUUACCGCGCGACUCUACGCGCAGUGAAAUUGAUUAUUUUCUAUAAAAGGGAACCCCCUACUUUUACUUUCCCGUCAACUCUUCCAUUCUAUUUUGGUAGUUUCGUGGAAAGAUCCUCUUUGCUAGGAUCCAAUAGCUGCUUGUUCUUAUAAGGAGUACGGUUUCUACUAUCGCUAGGAAGAUAUUGAAUAAUAAUUGAGUCCAUCGCCGACGGAAGAUUUUGAUUGCUAGACUUCUUCGACUGUGGAAAGAAACAAACGAAUGGCGAAAACCCAGUCUGCCCCGACACCGACGCUACAAAAGAAACUGAAAUCAAAAGAUCCCAAAAAGAAACAUCGUUGGUGUUGGAAAAGGAAGGUUCUGGAAAAGGAAGUGAAGUGCUUAGAAGCAGUGGUAGCCAAGAUGAGAGCAGAACUGAACCACAUGGAAAGGGCUGAACGGAAAGCCAAGGCAAGGCUGGGAAAGCUUCAGCGGAGAAACUCAAAAACCAGAGAAGCGAACCGUCAAGCAGCAAUGAACGAUGCUCGGAUCCAACUUUUCAUUGAUGCUAUCCUUCAUCAUUUGGAUGAUUAAAUAUUCUUGAUGAACAUUGCUUGGUUACAAACGAUUGCCGUCCAUUGACGCCGCCCACAGCGAUGUCUGAUUGAUUUUUAUUUACUCUUUUUUUGAACACUAAUUUUUUUUGUAUUUAUUUUUUUGUUAUUACGUGAGGUGUAGUAUUACUUUGUUCUUUUCAGAUUUCUACCGGGGCCGA